GGUCAAUUGUUACCUUGCUGAGUGUGACUUGUGUGGAAAAACUAAUAGUCAUAGAUCAAACAUAGUAACAACAUUCAUAGAUAUCAGACUUUAUGAUUAUAUUACACUCUAUAAUGUGCUAGUCAUUGUUUGUUUAAACUGAAACGGGUAUAUAGUGGUUAAAUGCGUUAAUUCAUGAUACGCGAAUUUAUAAAUUUAAAACAUGGAUAGUGAAAAAAUUCUGCAAGGCAGUAUUAAAUCUGCUUCAUAUAACAUGAUCCUGCAGGUGGCUUUCAGAGUUAUUACAUUUGUUUUGAAUGGACUUGUUCUUCACAAUGUAGACAAAGAUGUCCUUGGCAUUUUAAAUGUCCGUCUGAUGCUACUGAUAAUGACAAUCCUAUUUGUUUCACGAGAAGCGUUUCGUCGAGCUUGUAUGAGUAAAACAAGAGAUCAUAAUUGGCCUCAGGUGAUCAAUCUUUUGUGGUUAACGGUGCCAAGUGUAAUAAUUUGUUCAUUAACAUUUUGUUACAUUUGGUUGCAUUUACUAGAACUUCCGGCAGAUAAGUAUGUUGCAGAUUACAAGUUUGCUGUUUACAUGUUUGGAGCAAGCUGUACAAUUGAAUCCUUUGUAGAGCCUGUCUAUAUUUUUUCCCAGGCUUUUCAAUAUGUUAGAUGGAGGAUUUUUGUGGAUUGUGUAAUGAUGUUCAUCAGAGUUGGCACAUUGGUUGUAUCUGUGUUAUACUUCCCAGCUUACACCAUCAAAACAAUGGCGUGUGGACAAUUUGUUGUUUCUACUGUUCUUGUGGUGCUCUAUUGGAUUUAUUUUCACCAAGAAUUUCAAAAGAAAGCAAAGGUUGUAAAAAACAAAGAUUUGCAUCCUGAUGAUCCAUUGUUGGCAUUACCUUUCGAUUCUCUGCGUGAUUUCCUUCCUAGAAAAAUCCAAGAUCAGACGUUCAUUGGAGGUGAUCUUGCUUUUCUAACUUGGGGAUUUUUUAAGCAAGGGAUUUUGAAACAAGUUUUAACCGAAGGCGAGAGAUACGUUAUGACUGUGUUUGCCGUUUUAAGUUUUGCGGAACAAGGCGUCUAUGACGUGGUUAAUAAUCUUGGGUCGAUGGCAGCACGAUUUAUCUUCCUUCCAAUCGAAGAAAGCAGUUAUUUUUAUUUUGCGCAGAUGUUAAACAGACAAAUCCCAAUUGAAAAUCAGCCUCGACAAGAAAUUGAUCAAGUGGCUAGAGUUUUGUUUAAACUUUUGAGGGCUCUUAUCCUUUUGGGUGGCAUUGUGGUUGUCUUCGGAUUCUCGUAUUCUCACCUGCUCCUUCAUCUCUAUGGCGGCGCAACUUUGACUGAGGGAUCCGGUCCACUGUUGAUGAGAACACAUUGUCUAGCAGUUUGUCUUAUGGCCAUCAAUGGAGUAACAGAAGCAUACGUGUUUGCUGCCAUGAGUCCACAACAGCUGGACAAGUAUAACGGGUUAAUGGUUAUACUUUCUUGUAUGUUCUUGUUCCUGUCUUGGAUGCUUAGUCGUUCCAUUGGAAGCGUGGGCUUCAUUCUAGCCAAUUGCGUUAAUAUGAUUUUAAGAGUCAUUCACAGUCUUUGGUUCAUUAAACGUCAGUAUCAAAAUUUUGAAUUUAAGCCACUGGGUGGUCUAAUACCUAGUGUGCUUGAAUGUGCUGCUAUGAUAUUGGCCUUUGUCGUAACAGCAACUUCUUCGUGGUUUAUAUACCCUGAUUCUGCAAUUCUACAUGUUGCUAUCGGUGCUAUCAGCGGUAUAGUCGUGGUCGUAGCCAUUCUUUAUGAUGAACCUGAAUUAAGGCGCUCAAUCGUAGUCAUCGUUAAGAAACGAAUGGGCAAGGUAGAUUGAUUAUUCUUGUGACAGUUGUCAUCAAACAGAUUUUGAGACUUUUAAAGUGUGUAUUGAUUAAAUCGAGAUAAUAAAUGAGAAUAAAUAAUUAAUGCAGUCAA